AUGGCUGUUGUCAACCAAACCCUUGCCUUAAUGGAGGCACAUGCGCAGAGUUGCGAUAACAUCAGGAAGCAAUACACCUGUGCUUGUCCACGAAAUUACCAGGGAAAGAGAUGUGAGAUAUUCCAUCCAAGAGUCAAAUCGUGCCAAUCUUAUAUAGAUCUGAAGCCAGAGUCUGAGUCAGGCGUUUACAACCUAAAUGAUACGGUUCAAACUUAUUGUGAUUUUGACUCCGAAGCCGGCAAAGUCUGGACUCUCAUCCAGUCAUUCUCUCUAGAAAAUAAGGCUUUUUACAAGCGAGAACCUUUUUACUUCAACUUCCCGAGAAACGAAACAAGAUUUAACUGGAAUGAUUUUCGAGUGUCAUAUCAAGCAAUGGUCAACAUCCGGGACAACUCGACGCAUUGGCGCGUGACGUGCAAUUUCCCAUCAGGCCUCGAUUUCACCGACUACGCACGCGCGACUCUCCAAGCCACGGAUCUCCUAACAUUUGUUAAUCAGGAUCGCUGUCGGAAGUUCGAGUACAUCUCGGUUCGAGGACAAAGUUGUACGGAUUGCUCGGGGAUGAUUGUGCAGCGAGAUACACAACAUAUGCAUACUGACUCCUACUGGAGCGGGAGAAACGGUUGUUUCUGGGAUCCAAGAAUUGGCUCCGUUGUGGGCGAAGAUAAUUUUGGAUUCUAUAACACUAUCAAUACUCAACACAGUUGCACUAAAAAUUCUCUUUCCACCACGCAAUGGUGGCUGGGUGCUGGGCUCUAA